UAUUUAUGUAUGUUAAAUAAACUUAAAUAGUGUAUUAUAAAAUUAGUUAUUUGAACUUGCCAGAAUUGGGUUAAGGUUUAUUUGUCUGUCAGCAGAUGGAGCUAUUUAAUGUAAACAGAUUAAUCUUUCAAUUCAUUUGAAUUCUGACAACUUGUUGAAAUUUUACUUAAAUUGUAAUUUUAUAAUUGUUUAUUCAGUUUUAGUUCAUUUCAAUUACUGUUUUUUCAUUAUAUUGGUGUUUGAAAUUAAUAAACCAAUGGAUACCAAUAACGUUUCCGUCAAACAUACUCCAGAUUGUAUAUCUUGUGAGUCAAUAGUGAAAGAAGCUGAUUUCUCUGCUGCCUCUUUCGAACUCAAUGAUGAAAAUUGCUCAAAACAGCUAACUAGCUUUGAAAUGGAAGCAACGAGAUUAAACUUAGAAUCUGUUACAAUCGCUGAUGAUUUGUAUAUUGAAAAAGACUUGGGACCUAAAGUGAGUGAAACAAUGGAUGACAACAACAAAGUUUCUGUGAAAUGUACUUUAGAUAUAGCUUGUGAACAAAAAGUUAAAGAAGCUGAUAUCUCUGCUUUCUCUUUUGGAGUUAAUGCUGAAACUUGCUCAAAACAAUUAAUGAGCUGUGAAAAUGAAGCGAAGCCAAUAAACUUUGGAUCUGUCAGUUAUGUUUUCGAGUUGGAAAAAGAGCUGCGAGACGCCAAGCAAAUGUAUUACAACGAGCUCUGCGAUUUUAUGAGAACAACUCAACGUUACGCUCAAAAGGAGAAGCAAAAGUGUGAAAUUAGAAAAGAUAUCUAUGGUUCUUUUGAUAAAAUUAUUAAUGGCCUGAAAUCACAAGUUGAAGUCUGCAAGGAUAUUAUUCCCUUGGCUCAAACAAUUUAUGAUACCUUGGUCGCGCUUAAUAAUAAUCAAAUAAAACAUUAUAGUGAUUGUGUAAUUAUUUUCGCUGAGUUUGUAAACGGGUUCGUGGAAGUAAAUGGUUUUGGUGGAGCUCAUGGAGUAAUUGAUAAAGUUGAAAUAAACGAUCAUAAAUCAGCAAACGAUAUUGCCAAGGAUUGCUUACAAACUCUGGCACUUUUGAAGGAAAGAAAGUUCAAUGAUCCAUUUUCAGAGAAAAUAGCUGCAAAUUUGCGAAUUGAAGAUGAGACUGGCCUGCUUUUACAGCAAAUUAAGGAUAAAAAUGCCGAGAGUAAAGUCGAGGAAGAGCGAAUAGAAGUGGAAAUCAAUAAUCGAGAGCAAAAUAUCAAGCAGUUAGAAAUGGAAAUUGAAAAGAUGAAACAACAGACAAUUGCUAUUGAAGGAGAUGAAAAGGCAAAGCUGGUUAAAUUGAUUUAUUCAAAUAUGGAGAAAACAACUUCAUAUAUUGCUAUGGGUAAGAAAAUUGAUGAAUUCAAGAAGAAACUUGGAAAGCUGCCUGCAAUAGAAAAAACUCAUGAUGAAGUGAAAAAAAGAUUGGAAACAUCUGAAGAAAAGCUUGUUUAUUUGAAAAACGAAAUCGAAAACCUAAAAUUUUUAUGCAAAUCAAAGAAAGCUCACAUCGCAAAAUAUGAACGAGAAAAGGCAGUUUUAAUGGUAGCAAUUACGCUCAUAAAUUGUUGCUUAUUCGUAAAUGUCUUGCACCUUAUAUGUUAUCAUUCUUCGAUAGUGUGACUAUGGAAAUUCAUAAAAUCUCCGAUGAUAAUCAACAAACCAAUCUAAUUACCAGUUAUAGGAAUGAUCAUAACAAUGUUGUAUUACAGUCAGUUUAUAAGAAGCGAAUGGAAUUUUUUUCAAAAAUGCUCCAUUCAUUCAAUAUGGUUAUGUAUUUCGAUCCGGAGUUAAUUGGAAUUAUUUCAUCUCGAAGUAGCCCUACAAUAUUUGUUCAAGAUUGCGUGCUUGCAAGAAGUGCCAUGAGAAUUAUCCCUACAGCCAGUUGUACUAAAAGAAGAUACGACCUAAAAGACCAAUUUAUAAAUUCAAGUGAUGAAGCCUACGUCGUCUACGAAGUCGACGAUUCUAAACAGGAAAAUAUUUCUCUUUCAUUGGUUACGGCUGGUUCCGCUGAAACAGUCGAACAUUUAGUUUAUAGCAAUGUUGAACCAAUUACUAGUGCAACUUCCCGAGAAGAUAAGAACUCUAUAGAGGACUUUCCAUUGGGCUCGGUUACUAAUAUUAUUGAAUUAGAUAAGCAGGUUUUGAUUCAGAAUGAAUCUAUUAUCAGUUUCGAUGAAGAAACAAAUAAAGAACCGGAUCAAUAUUUUGUAACUGAUCACGAGCCACAAACAGAUGCAGGACGUUAUUCCGAAUUAAAUUUCUAUAAAUAUAAAAUAGAAAAUCUCAAUGAGUUUAUUUUUGAACAGAUCAUCUUUGAAAUAGUUAAAGAAAAGUUUGGGUUUAGAUUUGGUAACCAACAAAUUGACUUCACUGAAAGUGAGAAAAUCGAAGAAACUGAUAAUGAUGAACAGAUAAAUCCAAUUGAAUUUAUUGAAAAACAUAAAAAGAUGAAUUAUAAUGAGAAAUCACAUGCGUCAGGAAUCAAAUUUCAAAUUAACAAGGAAAAAUAUUGCCUUUUCAAAAAUAACAGCCGCUAUAUAUAUUACAUUAUUCAUAUGGAAUCCGGAUUUACUUUUUCUUAUAAAGAAAAAUUUGAAUAUUGCAAUAGUUGGAUUGAUUCAAUAAAACCAGAUGGUGGAAUCAAAACCUUGUAUAGCUGUAAAUUACAUGAAGGAAAAUGUACUUACGUAUCUAAAGGCUCGCAAGAAAAAGCAAACAUUGCUUCUCACAUCGAAAGUCAUUUUUUCAUAUUAGUUUGCGGUGUAUGUAAUGCAACCAUCAAAUGGCGAACUGCUUUAUCUGAUCAUUUUAAACUUCAUUAAAUACUAUCUUGUAAAUUUAUAAUUACUUUUUUUGGUAGCUUAAAGUUCAGUAGUAUGAGCUGUUUAAAGACAAUAAACUUCUUUUUUCUCUAUCAAA